UUGACUCCUGACCACCCAAUAUGUCUAAUGCAGAUAGCAGCAUUAGCACAAUCCAGAAGCAUAUCUUUCUUCUUCUCCAUCCUGAUUGAUUGGAUUGGAUUUCAUAACGAAAAUGGAGACAUGGGUCUACAACAUCGUCAUCUCCCUCUGCGUUGCUGCUUUGCUCAAGUCUCUUUAUGAUUUCAUCUUUCCAAAACUGAACCUACCUCCAGGACCCACCACGGUUCCUUUUGUGGGGAACCUGCUAUGGCUCCUUAAAUCCUUCUCAGAGCUUGAACCAAUCCUCCGAAACCUCCACGCCAAGUAUGGACCCAUCGUCACCCUCCAAAUCGGCUCUCGUCCGGCCAUCUUCGUCUCCGCCAACUCCCUCGCCCACCGGACCUUGGUCCAAGAUGGUGCCGUUUUCGCUGAUCGCCCCAAGGCCCUGCCCACCAACAGAAUUUUUAGCAGUAAUCAGCAUAACAUCAGCUCCGCGGUCUAUGGCCCGACUUGGCGCCGCCUCCGCCGCAACCUCACCGCCGAGAUCCUCCACCCUUCACGGGUGAGAAGCUAUUCUCAGGCGCGAAGGUGGGUCUUGGAGAUUCUAAUCUCUCGGCUCCAAGCACGCUCAGAGUCAGGUGAGGCAGUCCGGGUCGUGGAUCACUUUCAGUAUACUAUGUUUUGCUUGCUGGUUCUCAUGUGUUUUGGGGACAAGCUUGAGGAGAAGCAGAUUCAAGAGAUUGAGACGAUUCAAAGAAUAUUGUUGUUGGGUUUUCCUCGCUUCAAUAUAUUAAACUUCUGGCCUAGGGUGGGAAAGGUAUUGUUCCGACAUCGUUGGGAGGAGUUGUUCCAGCUUCGCAAGAAACAGGAAGACAUUCUGCUCCCAUACAUAAGAGCCAGGCAGCAGCUAAAGCAAGAAAUCCAAAGCAAACAGCAACAAGACGGCCUUGAAUCAGAUUCGUCUCCCUCCUCAAAGAACUAUGUUUUGUCGUAUGUCGAUACUUUGCUGGAUCUGCAGCUACCAGAAGAAAACAGGAAACUAAAUGAUGGAGAGAUGGUGAGUUUGUGCUCAGAGUUUCUCAAUGGUGGGACUGAUACCACAUCCACUGCACUGCAGUGGAUCAUGGCGAACCUGGUGAAGCACCCGCAUAUUCAGGCCAAGCUUUUGGAGGAGAUUAGUGGGGUUAUGGGGGAAGGGAAGGAAGAGGUGGAGGAGGAAGAUUUGCAGAAGAUGCCAUACUUGAAGGCAGUCAUCUUGGAAGGUCUUAGGCGGCAUCCUCCAGGACACUUUGUGUUGCCUCAUUCAGUGACCCAAGAUAUAACCUUUGAAGGGUAUGUUAUACCCAAGAACGCCUCUCUCAAUUUCAUGGUAUCAGAGAUGAAUUGGAACCCCAAGAUAUGGGAAGAUCCAAUGGAGUUCAAGCCAGAGAGGUUCUUGAACAGCAAAGGCAAUGGAGAUGAAGUGUUUGAUAUUACUGGGAGCAGGGAGAUUAAGAUGAUGCCGUUUGGUGCAGGAAGGAGGAUAUGUCCCGGCCAUGGCCUAGCGAUGCUGCAUCUGGAGUAUUUUGUGGCCAAUUUGGUAUGGAGUUUUGAAUGGAAGGCUGUGGAGGGAGAUGAAGUUGAUCUAUCAGAGAAGCAGGAGUUCACGGUAGUGAUGAAGAAUCCAUUGCAGGUCCACUUGUCUCCACGAUGGAAAUAAGGCAAAAGUAGAUGGCUUUAGGAGACCACCACUGCACCAAAGUCCAUCACUAGUUACUAUAAUCAUCAAUAAUAUGCCUGUCACAACAGCUUUGAAUGUUA